AUGGCUAAGGUUGUGUUUGCCAAGCUCCGCUCUAAAUUUGAUAGGUGCUACUUCUUGAAAAAUUUCAUAGAAAAGUAUGAAAAGCAUGGAUCGGAACAUGUACGUGACGAACUCUUUCAAGAACUAUCAAAGGAUAAAUCUCUUGAAUGGCUCAGUUGUAGAAAGGUUUUGAUUGUGCUUGAUGAUGUUAGCAACACAAAACAGUUAGAUGAGUUGACAAGUGAAGCUCCUCGUUUGGGAACUGGUAGUAAAGUCAUCAUAACAAGUAGAGAUAAGCAUGUGCUUAAUGGAAGAGUUGAGAAAAUACAUGAGGCCGAGGCAUUGAGCUACAACAAUUCACUUGAGCUUUUCAACCUCAAAGCCUUCCACAAAGUUGGUUAUGAAAGUGAAUAUGAAGAACUGGUUGAAAGAGCACUUGCUUAUGCCAAAGGCAUCCCAUUGGCCUUAACUGUUUUGGGUUCGUUUCUACAUUCCAGACCUAUAAAUCAAUGGGUAAGUGUGUUGAACAAAUUAGAACGGAUGGCCAAUAAAGAUAUUCAAGAUGUGUUAAAAUUGAGUUACGAUGGACUUGAUCAUGAAGUGAAGGAGAUAUUUUUAGACAUUGCUUUUUUUUUUAAAGGUGAAUGGGAAAAUUAUGUAGCAGCAACGCUAGAGGGCUUUGGCUUUCAUGCAAGAAUUGGUUUGGGAAUUCUUGUGGAUAAGGCGUUGAUAAGUUAUAGUCAUGGUGCGGUAUGGAUGCAUGAUUUAAUACAAUGGAUGGCUUUUGAAAUUGUUCGCCAAGAGAAUGAGAAAAAUCCUGGAGGACGUAGUCGACUACGGAAUCCUGAUGAGAUCCGUGAUGUGCUAGAAAAUAAUCGGGGAAGUGGUGCAAUUCAAGGCAUAAGUUUAGAUUUGUCUCAAAUUAAAUAUUUAAAAUUGAGUGCUGAUGUCUUUAGAAAGAUGACAAAUUUAAGGUAUCUUCGGUGGGACAAUUUUCCUUUAGAGUCUUUCCCAUUGUCAUUUUGUGCCGAGAAGCUAGUUGAACUUCACAUGCCUCAUAGCUACCUUCGAAAACUAUGGGAUGGCAAGCAGGAGUUGGUGAAUUUAAGGAAUAUAAACCUUGAGAGAUCCAAAAAAUUGAUAGAGUUGCCAGAUUUGUCAACCGCUGAAAGACUUGAAAGGGUUACUCUUUUCGCGUGUGAAAGUUUAUGCCAUCUUCAUCCAUCCAUUUUAUCUCUUCCGAGAUUAGAGUUUGUGGAUCUUGGGAUGUGCAAAAACCUGAAGAGUUUGGGUACAGAGAGUCAAUCAAAAUUGCUCUCAAAGCUAAAUCCAUUUUCCAAGUGUCUACCAUUGUCAUUUUGUGCCGAGAAACUAGUCGUACUUCUCAUGCCAGGGAGUCAGCUUGAAAAACCACGGGAUGGCAUGCAGAACUUUGUGAACCUAAGGGAGAUAAACCUUGCUGGGUGCAACCAAUUGAUAGAGUUGCCAGAUUUGUCAACGGCCCAAAAUCUUGAACAGGUUGAUCUGACAUACUGUGAAAGUUUACAGCAUCUUCAUCCAUUAAUUUUAUCUCUCCCAAGAUUGAGAGAUCUGAAACUUUAUGACUGCCGAAACCUGAAAAGUUUGAAAUGUGAGAGUCCAUCAAAAUCUCUCUUGCACCUAUAUGUCUAUGGUUGCUCUAGUCUCAAGGAAUUUUCAUUCUCAUCAGACAAAAUGGAGAAUUUAAGUUUGGUAGGAACAUGUGUCGAGAUAUUGGACUUUUCAACUGGGCCUAUGGAGAAACUCGAGGCGCUCUAUGUCAACGGCUCAGCAUUAAAGAAUCUUCCGAUCAAUGACAUCUGUUACAUGAGAUCUCUCCAGGCGCUUCAUCUUUAUGAUUGCGGAAUAAUUGAUAAAUCAAAGCUCCAUGCCUUAUUUGAUGCUUUGCUAUCUCUAGAAACAAUUGAUUUGAGAGGGACACGCAAAUUGACUGAACUUCCAGACAAUAUCAAGCAUCUCUCAAGGCUACGACAUCUUAACGUAAGCGGUUGCAAGGACCUUCAAUCUUUUCCCGAGCUUCCUCCAUCCAUUGAACAUUUAGAUGCCGGCAAAUGCACAUCAUUAAAGACACUACAAUUCACUUCCCAUAUUAAAUCUCCAUUGUCGACAGAUGAAAUAACGGCGGGUUCACCAUUCUGUUCCUCGAUUAGCUAUCUCAAAAAUCUUGUUUCGCUUAGUCUUAAUGAUUGUGAACAGUUGUAUGAACUUCCUGCUGGCAUCAAGCAUCUUUCAAAUCUACAGUAUAUUGACUUGAGCAAUUGUAGAAGACUUCGCUCUCUGCCAGUGCUACCACCGUUCUUUGAACACAUUCUUGCCCAGGGUUGCACAUCAUUGGAAACGCAUGUUAUGGAAAGUGCUUAUUUCUUAUUGAGGCGACUAGUAUAUGCAUAUAAAGGAGGUUACAUUUCCUACUCCGGAAGAAAAGCCCCAGAGUGGUUUAGAUUUAAUCAGGUAGUAGAGGCUUCCAAAGAUGUAACUAUUGAGCUUCCUUUCCCCACCAGCGACGUAAUUGGCUUCAUUUUCUGCUCUGUUGUUUUUCAACGCUCUUCCUCCGCCCUUUCAUGCAUAAUGGAUCCUAGUGGUGGUUGGCCAUGGAAAUCAACAGCUGCUAUCGGAGAAGUGACAAAUUUCGAUUCACAUCAAGUUUUUCUGUGGGGUGAACCUUGCCCAUUCAAGGGCUUCCAUAAGAAGAUGGACGAUCAAAACACCAAUUAUAGACCAAAGGUGCUACUUAAAUUCGAUAAUGAUGCAGGAAGUGUGAUUGAAGAAUGUGGAGUCUUGCCAAUAUAUGCCUCGGAAUAUCGCAACUUCAUUCAUCAAAUGGAAUUGCAGCCAAACUUGGAUUCCCAAAAAGAGACUUGUCAUGAUGCUGAUGAGAAUUCAUUUCAUGGAAUCCUAAAAUAUACUCGUUUCUCCUUGAAUCAAGGAAAAUGUGGCAAUUUUGAAGGAAGUAUUAUUCCAGAAUGGUUUACUUAUAAAAGUUCAACAAUAAACUAUGAAUCUCCAGACGCGCGGAUCAGUGUUCGGUUUGCUCUGGAUUUUGACAACUUAAUAGGCUUCAUUUUUUGCUUUGUUAUACCCCAGUUCUCCUCAAAAAAAAGGGAUGAAUGUCACUCGUCAUGUGAUUUCUAUUUACAUGAUGUGAGUGAAGGCAGGGGUUUGAAACUUGAUAACCUUUUGAAUGGUCCAAUAGGAUGGCACUAUUCAGUGGAAAAAUGGAAUUCAGAUGAUGUUUUUCUAUGGUACGAUCCCCUGCACAGUGAACGUGUACUACGGAAACUCCGAAGAAAGGCGAGAGGUCAUGAUGAGGAGCUUGAAUUUAAAUUUCAUAUUGGUGAUUAUUUUGGUGAUGAUUAUUUUUCCAAUAAUUGCAAUUCUGAAAGGCACAAUUGCUGGAUCAAAGAAUGUGGAGUUCGUCCAAUAUAUGUCUCGGAGUACACAAACUUCCUUCUUCAACAAAAAAAAUUCAAAGAAGGUAUUGAAAAAAAGAGGCCUCGAAAUAUUGAUGAUGACCAGUACCAACUCCCUUCAACAAAGAAACUGAAGGAGUCUUCAAUCAUUCAAUCUAUUCCCCCAGAAUCCUGA